AUGACGACCGUCGCAUACACGCUUAACCAGUACACCUACCGCAGCCGCAGACGAACGCAGUACACCUACCGCAGACGAACGCAUUACUGCGUUCGUCUGCGGUGUACUGCGUUCGUCUGCGUUCCCUGCACGCCCGGAACCUACUGGCUGCACAAAACCGAGUGUGCGUUCUGCCCCAUCGGAACCUACCAGCAGGAGUACAGCGCCGUAAGCUGUGUCGACUGUCCGGAUGGCUUCACGACGGAGACAGAGCAGUCGAAGAACGCCAGCCAGUGCAUCGAGAUGUGUGGACCGGGACUGUACUCUAACACGUCUCUGGUGCCGUGCGAUAAGUGUCCGGCCGGAACGUACGCCGACGGCGAGCAAAACACCGAGUGCGAACCGUGUCCCGCCGGCACGACGACCGAAUCCGCCGGGUCCGCGUCCGCCGCCGACUGCAAAGGUACGCGCGCAGACGCUCGGCGCGCGGUCACCUCCAUAGAAGGGUCACCUCCGUAG